CAAAUUCAAAAUUCCCGGGGGUGGACCGAUUUUUCCAAACGCGUCUCUUUUCUAGUACCGACCGCGCCGAUUUAUUUCCUUCAUAAUUUGGAUAAUUUUGGUUCUUUUUGGUUUGAGGAGGAGAGGACACGAGAUGAGCGACGGACAACAACAGUUUUGCCUCCGGUGGCACAAUUACCAAAGCAGCCUACUUUCCAGCUUGCCGCAGCUCCUCGACUGGGACGACUUGACCGAUGUCACUCUUUACGCUGGCGGUUCAAGCAUCAAAGCACACAGGAUUGUCUUGUCAGCCUGCAGCCACUAUUUUAAGAGCAUAUUUAAAGAAUUGCAACCUAUGCAACACCCUGUUAUAGUCGUACCCGGUGCAGAUUUUUCAGACUUGAGCGCUCUCAUCACAUUCAUGUACAACGGGGAGGUUAACAUAUAUCAGCACCAACUCCAGAGCCUUAUCGCACUUGCAGAUACACUGCACAUCAAAGGGCUUGCUCACUUUACCCAAGUGGGCGGUGAGCCGCCUGAAGACAAUGGGUGGUUUACGAGCAACAAGAGGCCACGUUCAGAAGAGCCGACCAACCCUGUUAACAACAAUAAUGUAACUAAUUCGGUUUUCAACUUAUCAAGCAUGAGCAACGGUUCACUUAUCGGCCCUUCUCCGACGAAAAACAUGUAUAUAAGGAAGGCAAAAGGCCCGAGAAGGACCAGCCCUGGAGUGCAGCCUGUUCCGACUGGGCCUGAAGAUCUCAGUAAAAAACAGGAGGAUUCACCAUCGCCUCCGUCCAAUUCUAGUUGCUUCCAACAAGCAAAAGAAGGCGGAGGCGGAAAAUCUUUAUCAAAGCUAUAUGUAACAUGUCAAAUCUGCGGAAAGCACUUAAGCAAUCAAUACAAUCUUAGAGUCCAUAUGGAGACGCAUUUGAAUGCACAUUACGCAUGUUCUUCUUGUAGUCAUGUAUCUAGGUCUCGUGAUGCACUUCGGAAGCAUGUUUCUUACAGGCAUCCUCCUCCACAGCCCCAGCAGGUGACUACACCGCCGAGCUCAGAAGAAAUAACAAGCCCGUCCAAUUCAGAGCUACCACAACUUCAACAGAUAAGCUCUCAGCAGUCAUCCCAACUUUAUUGACAGUUUAUAAAGCCCUGGCUUUUUACGAAAUGUUUAGACAAUAUUGGAUGAUUAGGGUUGAAAUUAGGAAAAUUUUAAUUCAUAUAAAGCAACGGUUGUAUAUAGGUGUAACAUGGUUUUUAAAUAGAGGUAAACGUGCCUUUCUAUCUUACGUUAAAAUCACUUUUUGCCCAUUUUUUAAAGAUAAAAGUAUUGAAAUUUUCAUCAGUUGUUUUAACAUACUACUUUUAAACUGUGACUUCCGAAUUAGCAGAUGCUCUCCAGUGAAAUAAUACCAUUCUUUAAAAGACUUGAUAUAUAUUUAAAAACAAAUAUAUUUUACAAAAUAUUACAUUAGUUCAUGAAAUUACUUAGACAAUGCUUCAUGUGCAUUUUCUUCUUCAUUUAUUUUUUUUUUCACAAUUGAAGCCCAAGUUACCAACCUUAAACGGUACAGAGUAUUAGGCUCGAAAUAACUUACUUGAUUAGAUAGAUAAUUUAUUUUAAAAUAAGAAAGCUAUUUUCGAAAAUGUAAUUAAGUAUUUUACCAAAUGAAAAAAGCGCACAAGAUAACACAGUAGUGUGAUCCCGUCCGAUUAUUUUAAAUAAAAUUAGUCACUUUUUCAUCUUUAAUGUCUUUUUUCUAACUUAAUGAAUUUUUAAAAAAGGAGUGAGUUUUAUUAUUUCUUAGAAGAACUUUUGAUGAGUGGCAAGCAGUCUUUAUAGUUACCAGUUGUAAUAAUAUUUAAAAUAAAAACCAACAAUAAAGUACAAAAGUAAUUAGUUAAAAAUUUAUUCUAGUGAGAUUUUUGUUGUUCUAUUAUAUAUGUAUAAAUAUGUAUAUUUAUUUUUAAUUUUUUCGUUCGAUGCAAAUUAAAUUCAAUAAAACACGGCUGUUUAUUUAGGUGCCUUAUAGUUCCUAGGUUUUGUGAAUAAAAUGUACUUUUCAAACAUGUUAAAAACAUGAAAAACAUAUUGUAAAACAAAAUCAAAUAGUUAUUAUUUUUUCUUGGUUGAUAUCUAGUCUGUAAUGAAGUACUUAGUCAUAUUAUUUUAGUGAAAAUAAUAAUAAUAAAAAAGAACAAGCUCAUCAACCUGGCCUUCUUUCAGUGGAAUAAAAGAUACAUAUAAAAAUGACCAAAUAUUCAUUAUUAAAAAAGUAAUAAUAAUAAUAA